GCCAUCCAUCUGUUUUCUUUAAAUCCGCCCUUAUUUUCUAUUUUAUAUUAUAGUCUCUCGUUCUUCGCGUUUUCCUGUUUUAAACUUGGUGAUGACUUGUUACCGCUAGAAAUUCUAUUCGGUCAAAAUUGUUCAACUGUGCCGUUGGAUUCUUGAUAUGUUCAUUUAUUUUGUAUGGUCCGGUUUUACGAGAAGUUUGAUAUUGAUGUUUGUUCAGCUUUAAUUGCAUGUUAUUUAAAUUUGUCUGCCGUCCUUCCCGAUCAGAAAUUUUACAAUGGGUUCUAUUCGUUUUAACAUUUUUUUUCAAUGCUCAUGUCUUGUCAUUGGGAUACUAAAUUUAUCAGUGUACUUCUGCCGUCAUGGAAUUAGGAGAAUUCUUUUCGUGAAAUGGUCUUCUCCGAGGUAGCCACGAAAAAUAUUACUAUAUGAGUGGCAGGUGUGAGAAUUAAUGGCGGUCUACAAAUGUUCACCUGGCCUUCCAUUUUGAGGUGGGCCAUAUUUCAACAUUGCCUCUCAUAGGUGGCUUGGGGUCCUAAAUUUAUUGCUACGAUGAGGGAAGUAUUUCUUUGAAGUAUUUUCACAGGAUGUCUCAGUCGACGUGCAAGUCGUGCAUCUCGUUAUUUGUCUCCGUCACGGGUUGAAAUUUCUCUUUUUCCUUUUUAGCUUUUGUUUCUAUGUGCCUUGUUUAGGUGUUCAGGCGUGGGUGUGUGAUCAUAGACGUAGAUGUGCAUUUCUUAACUUGAUUAGGAGUUCACUUGCGAGGUCCGACUAUUCAUCGAAGCAUGUCCAGCCAGUUCGGCUGGUAGCUAUUAUUCCAUGUGCAAACUGCAUAUAUUGUGUGCCUAUUUAAAGUGGAAGAUUCUAAUGUUUUGUGAAGAUUCCAGAAGACUUGAUCGUUCUAUUGCUCUGACAUUCACAAGAAAUAUCGAAGCAUGUAGUGAUUUUUGCGACACUGGGAUAUAUUUUCGCAUCUCAAUUUUUAUUGCAAUGUUGAAAAAUUCAUGUACAGUCUCACUGAGAGAACUGAAACAUUGGAUGAAGCCGGAGAAGGUCAAAACUUCAAUCACGACUUUUCCUUCUUCAGCAGAAAUAGUGUCUGAACCUCUGGGGGUUGUGUUAAUCAUCUCGGCAUGGAAUUAUCCAUUUUUGUUAUCACUUGAUCCAGUCAUUGGAGCUAUUGCAGCUGGUAAUGCGGUGGUCCUUAAACCAUCAGAAAUUGCUCCAGCCACAUCGUCGCUGCUGGCAAAAUUGUUAGGGGAGUACAUGGAUAACACAUCUAUAAAGGUUGUAGAGGGGGCAGUUGAUGAGACAUCUGCUCUGCUGCAGCAAAAGUGGGACAAAAUUUUCUAUACAGGUAAUGGAAGAGUGGGACGCAUAGUGAUGGCCGCUGCUGCAAAACAUCUUACGCCAGUUGUUCUGGAGCUUGGAGGGAAAUCUCCAGUUGUUGUUGAUUCAGAUAUCAAUUUACAAGUUGCAGCUAGACGGAUAAUUGCAGGCAAGUGGGGGUGCAACAAUGGACAAGCCUGCAUUUCUCCGGAUUACAUUCUAACAACAAAAGACUUUGCCCCAAAGUUGAUUGAUGCCCUAAGGACUGAAUUGGAGAAAUUUUAUGGAGAAAACCCAUUAGAAUCGAAAGAUUUGUCCCGCAUCGUGAAUUCAAAUCACUUUGCUCGCUUGACAAAGCUCUUGGAAGAUGACAAGGUUGCUGGUAAGAUUGUUUAUGGAGGUGAAAAGGAUGAAAGCAAAUUGAGGAUUGUUCCCACUAUUUUAUUGGACGUUCCUCGAAAUUCUCUGAUAAUGAAGGAGGAGAUAUUUGGUCCUUUACUUCCCAUUAUCACGGUCAGUAAAUUAGAAGAAAGUUUCGAUGUGAUUAAUUCAGGAGCAAAACCCCUCGCUGCAUAUUUAUUUACCAACAAGAAGAAACUCAGGGAGCAGUUUGUGAUGAACGUAUCUGCAGGGGGUUUGGUUGUCAACGACACUACCGUACAUCUCGCCACCUGUACUCUGCCAUUUGGGGGAGUUGGGGAGAGUGGAAUGGGUUCAUACCAUGGGAAAUUCUCGUUUGAAGCCUUUAGCCACAAAAAAGCGGUUUUGUAUCGCGGUUUCAUGGGAGAUGCAUCAGUGAGGUACCCUCCGUACACAAACACGAAGCUCAGAUUGCUCAAGGCUUUGAUUGGCGGUAGUAUACUCGGUAUAAUCCGUGCCAUUUUUGGAUGGUCUUAGGUUUAAAUUGCCUUGAAACUUGGCUGGCAGUGAUAAACCCUUCAUUCUGGCUCGUAAUUUGUUGUGCAGUUUAGCUUUAAGUCUUUGUUUGAGAGUACAUUGAGCUUACAUUGAACUUUAUUCAUUGUGUGGGCGCGCGUGCGUGCGCAUUUAUCUGUGAAAUUAAGAUGCCUUCUGGUUUUUCUGUCUUGCGAAA